AUGCAUGCUAACGGCUUCUCCCCUGUCUUAAAUAUCCCCACUCCACCGUCUCAAUCGAGCGUUCUUCUUAUUCACAUUUCAAGUGUUCGUAACAAAAGUCACGAGCAGGCAAAAGUCGUUAGUCGAACGGUUAAUAAUUUUAUUAUAGCGUCACUCUCGUCAGUUGAUCUAGAUUUGAUAAGAAGCGAGGCAUCGUUGUCAGAUUUAAGUCGGUCAGCUGCGAUCUCGACCCCCACUCAAUCCAGAAAUCUUCUCCACACGCACGAAUUUAACAGCAAUUUGAGUGGUGCAACACCAAAAGAAUUAAAAACACAUUCCUCGAAUUACUACAACCCUCGAUAUCUUAUUUUCCCAGCUGUGAUUGACAAAAUUGUCCAUCGUAUUAAGCUAACAGCGGUCAAGUCUCUCAAAAUGUCGAAACCCGGUGAUUACAAUGCAUUAGCAGAGGCUAUUCGUAAGAUUAUACCUCAAGAAGACUACGAUGAUGGCUCCAUAGGACCUAUUCUUGUACGUCUUGCAUGGCAUGCAUCUGGCACUUAUGACGCUGCCACUGGCACCGGUGGUUCAAACGGUGCCACCAUGAGAUACUCACUUGAGGCCAAGGAUAGUGCCAAUAAUGGGUUAGAGCAUGCUCGUCGUUUUUUAGAGCCUAUCAAGGAGCAAUUUCCAUGGAUUAGUUAUGCAGAUCUGUGGACCUUUGCUGGUGCUGUUGCUGUUGAAUAUAUGGAUGGGCCCAAAAUUCCCUGGAAGCCGGGUCGCGUUGAUUAUGUCGACGAGAAAAAUGUGCCACCAAAUGGCCGCUUACCAGAUGGAGCUCUUGGACAGGAUCAUUUGAGACAAAUCUUUUACCGUAUGGGAUUCAAUGAUCAGGAAAUUGUUGCACUUUGCGGGGCACACAAUUUGGGCCGUACUCAUGCCGACAGAUCUGGCUUUGAUGGACCAUGGGUGCCCAAUCCUACCAAGUUUGGCAAUACCUACUAUAAGCUUUUGCUCCAUGAAGAAUGGACAUUGAGCAAGUCUCCUGCGGGUCUCCCACAGUACUACGAUGCUGAUAAAGAACUUAUGAUGCUACCAGCAGACUUCUCUCUGAUUUUAGAUCCUGAAUUCAAAAAGUGGGUUGAAAUUUAUGCCGAAGACAAGGAUAGGUUUUAUGCCGACUUUGCUAAGGCAUUUGGCAAAUUAUUGGAAUUGGGAGUACGUCGUGGCCCUAACGGGUUGGCCAAGGUAAAUGAGCUCGGUAAAAUCAAUGUUGAUCCUGCCAAGAUCUAA